CCUCUCCCGACCAGAAGCCCCUGGCAGAGGGACUGGCGCUCCUCCCUGCCUGGGCUGUGGAGGCUCACAGCCCCACCAUCUGGGGCUCCUGCUCAGACCGCAUGGUGCCAAGCUGGGGCCCAUCCUCAGGCACUCUCAACCCCUCCCAGGAUCUUCUCUCUCCGCGGCCACCUCCUCCCUCCCAAAGCCUGGGAGCUAGCCCCUCCCCCGCCCACAGCCGGUCUCAGCAGAAGGCUCCAGACAGUCACCAUGACACAUACUCAGUGGAGCAGAGCCCCAGCUGCUCUGCAUGCGCGCCACAGCCCCUCCCACAGCCUCACCUGGCUGAGACUCACCUGUGCCUGUCCCUGCUGGCUCGCUGAUGGCAGGGACGGGAAACCAGGGCUGUCGGUGCAGGAGAGAAGGGAAAGGGAGGCCGAGGGCAACACCUUGUAUGGUCCUGGGUCCCUGCCCCUGUGAGCUGCCUGGGCUUGAGGCCCUGGGAAAAUGUUGGACACGGGUUAGCAAACAGCCCAGAGCUAGGCAAGGGCAGGCAGGGACCUCUCCUUCGGCCUCAUCUGGCCUCUGACCCCCAAGCUGGGGAGAAGUGUGACCAGAAAGGCCUGCGCUGAGCGAGGGCAGGUGACAGGCGUGGGGGGCUGUCAGGGCCUGCGCUGCGCGGCUGUGGGCAACAGGUGUGGGGGCUGUCAGGGCCUGCUGCUCUUCAGGCCUUGGGCUCUUCUUGGAAAGAGCAUGGCUCGGUCUAGCCCCAGGGCCAGGCCAAGGAGCAGGCAGCCAGGCCUCCAUGAUCAUCGUCUCCAGAGCAGGGCAGGCCUCUUUGCCUUGGAGCCCCUAGACAGGACGCCGGCCGCUCAGGAUGAAGGUCUUCGGGCCAGUGCUGCUGGCCGCCCUGCUGGAAGUGGAGCUUGCCUCCUCCCUCGUGUGCUUCUCCUGCACCAAUCAGAAGAGCAAUUGGUACUGCCUAAAGCCAACCACCUGCUCCGACACAGACAACUAUUGCGUGACCAUCUCUGCCGCAGCUGGCAUAGGGAACGUCGUGGACUUUGGCCAUACCCUGAACAAGGGCUGCUCCCCGGUGUGCCCCGGCCCGAGUGUCAACCUUGGCGUGGCAUCCGUGGGCACCCACUGCUGCCAGAGCUUUCUGUGCCACAUCAGCGCGGCGGCCGGCGGGCUGCGGGCCAGUGCCACCCUGCUGGGCCUGGGGCUCCUGCUGAGCCUGCUGUCCGCUCUCCUGCGCCGUGGCCCCUAGCCCCAUGGACCCUCCACCCCCACCUCCCAGCUCAGGAACGAAACCCAGACGUCACACUUCUGAUCCUAGCCCCCUGGCCCCAGGUCCCCAGGGUCAGGCCCACCCCGACCAUCUGCUAUACCUGCCCCAGCCCCUGCCCCAAAUGGGGUCAGCUGUCCUCACUUCCAGGGUCAAUGAUGUGGCCUGCCUAGGGGGAUGAGAGAGGGGGUGCGGGUGUCCCUGGAGCCUUAGGGUCCUGAGAUCAGAGUGGAGUCCCAUGGCCACCUUGGCAGGGGCCUUGAGCCUAGCCUUGUCUGCCCAGGCAAGCAGUUAAUAGGAGGCAUGCCCAUGAGUGCCGGCUCGGGCUCCAGGAGGGAAGGCCUGCCCCACUGUGAGUGCAAGGCCGGGCGCUGCUACACAGGGGCCGAGUCCAGGCCCAGAGCAGGCCUGAGCUCUGCAAGGCCCUGUCCCAGCCCUCUCGCCCACGCUGCACCCACUCACUUCACAUGCAGGUUGUGGGGCAGGGCUCCACUGCCUCCAGGCCUAGGCUGUCCUAGCCCAGCUGAGUCCUGCUUGUCCCCCAUCCCCACUAGAGCCCCCCUGCUGCUUUGGUGCCUCAAAUAAACAGAUGCCCCCCUUUUCUA